GUAUGUUCCAUCAGAAACCAAAAAAAAAAAAUACUCUUUCAACAAGAAUCCAAUCGAACCCAUUUUUGUUUUCCAGAUUCUGAAACUGGGUUUUUCUUCUUUGAUCACAAAAAGCAAAAAGAACCCAUCAAUCAGACGGUCAAGAAGUCAAGAUCCCUUGUCUUUUUAUGUUCAUAUGAUGAUGAUGAUGAUGGUAGCAUGGUGGAAUUGCAAAAAGAAAGCUUUUCUUUUGGAUUAUAUCAACAAAAAGGAACUGUUCUAAACGUUCCUCUUCAGAUUAUUACUAGCUAUAUUAUCAUCAUCUUCUUCAACGGUUUUGAAUUCAAAAAUCUAUACUUUAAAAAGAGCAAAGAGUAAAGAGAAGUGUUAUAAAGAGGUGUUCAAAUGGAGAAUUCAUCAAACAGUGAUGAAAACUAUGAUGUGGGUUAUCAACCAUCACCUUGUUCAACUGAUCCAAAUGAUCAGUCAACCAUGAGUGGUGAUUCAUUUGUGUAUUGCCGAACAUAUUCAUCGACUUCAGUAUUUUCUGAACCUGUUGAUGAUCACCAUAGUUGUUGUAGUGAAGCUUCACCUUCUUGUUCUUCUCAUUGGUCAACUAAGAGAUCUGGUGGGGUUGUUCCUCAAAAGCAAGCUCUUCUUACAAGGCUUGUAACAAAACAGUGCAAAAAUAGCAAUGCAGGUGAUCAUCAAAAGCUUGAUGAUUUGGAAUCAUUGGAUUUAGAACUUGAAAUGAUGAAGGAAAGAUUUGCAAAACUUUUACUGGGAGAAGAUAUGUCUGGAAGUGGAAAAGGAGUAUGCACAGCUAUUACAAUCUCAAAUUCCAUAACCAAUCUUUACGCAACUGUAUUUGGGCAAAAUUUGAGGUUGGAGCCAUUGAACCCUGAAAAGAAAGCUCUUUGGAAAAGAGAAAUGGAUUGUCUUUUAUCUGUCUGUGAUUAUAUUGUGGAAUUUACUCCCAAGUCACACAAUUUACGUAAUGGAGCAGCUGUUGAGAUAAUGGAAAGCAGGCAAAGAUCAGAUAUUUACAUCAAUCUUCCAGCACUGAGAAAAUUGGAUGCAAUGCUCAUUGAAAUACUGGAUAGCUUCCAGGAUAGAGAAUUCUGGUACGCAGAGCAAGGGAGUAUGUCGGCGAAUUCGACCCGUAUGGGUUCAUUUCGAAGAGUUGUUCAAAGAAAUGACGAGAAAUGGUGGGUACCAGUGCCGUGUGUUCCUUCGAGUGGACUUACCGAGAAAGCGAGGAAGCACUUGCGACAUAAACGAGAAUGUGCUAAUCAAAUUCACAAGGCUGCUAUGUCUAUAAACAACAGUGUUCUUUCCGAGAUGGAAAUCCCAGAUUCAUACAUGGCAUCACUUCCAAAGAGCGGAAGAGCCAGCAUCGGAGACCCUAUAUACCGCUACAUGUACACCACAGAAAAAUUCUCCCCUGAGUAUCUACUCGAUUGUCUCAACAUAGCAUCCGAACACGAAGCACUUGAACUUGCAGAUCGUGUUGAAGCUUCAAUGUACACAUGGAGACGUAAAGCAUGCAUGAUCCACUCGAAAUCAUCAUGGAGUAUGGUGAAAGACUUAAUGUCCGACGUCAAUCGAAGUGACAAAAACCAUAUAUUAGCUGAAAGAGCAGAGAGCUUGUUAUUUUCAUUGAAGCAAAGAUACCCUGAACUCUCACAAACGUCCCUAGACACGUGCAAAAUUCAGUACAAUAGGUCAAUGAACCACAGGGACUUGGAAGCCUGCAUCAAAUAUAUAUAAAUAUAAGUCUGUGUGUUGAGGAAGUGGAGGAGGCAGUGGAAAGGAUGGUUCACACGGUGGAGGAAGGUUAAGUUUCUAUGCCGAGAGACUAUGAGUUACGGUGUGCAAACUAGUAGAAAAGUGGGCAGGAGAGAGGGGUUCUCGGCUUAUGGGACAGUCCAUGGAUGGAUACCUGUAUUUGGUUCAAGCACAUGUCCAUAAGCAUAGGUGCAAGGUUGGUCGGCGGUACGGCUUGAUAUGAUUGAAGUGGAACACGUGACUAAUGUGUGAUAAUUAUCCUAUCGGGAUUGGCAUAGAGAAAAGCAGAAUUUAUAGUAUCUGCUUCUACAUGAAUGCUGAGGAAAAAGAAGCUAUAAAGUUGAGAAUAGAAUCAAACCAGAAAUAGAUAUCAGCUACGAAUUUCUCAUGGCCAAAAACUCCAAGGGUAAGGGGAUCUUGGGUGCUCCUUCCAACGGAUGAUGCUUAAUGUUUUACAUUGUAUCAGACUCACUGAGAUUCAUAGUUUUUUAAUUUAUUUUUGGACCACUGAGAUGCAGUCUAUUAAGUUCAUUAUCUUCAAACAGCUGCAAUAUAAUCAAUUUUCUCAUACAA